AAUUGUUUCCGAAGCAGGGCGGUGUAGCAGAAGAAAAUUUAUACAGUGUAUUUUAUUUAUAUUUGUAAUUUGUAACAUUAUAGCCUAGUUAUAUGAGAUUUAGUAGUUUCAGAUGUACUUAUAAAUAGGAUUAAACAUUAGGUGUACGUUUCACCAGUCGAAAACUUCAAUGCUACAUUUGUCAAUGGAUAUGUCUUCAUCUGAUAAAAAGCUGAAGGAAAAGCUAAUAGAACAUGUCACAAAAGAGGUCAAACAAAUUAUGGAGGAAGCUGUUACACGAAAGUUCGUUCACGAGGACAGCAGCAAAGUCACAUCCUUAUGUGGAGCAGUAGAAGCAUGUCUGUCACAAGGGCUGAGAAGGAGGGCUUUGGGCCUCUUCAAGACCAGUUCCACGACUGCUCUCCUUCAUAAAGUGGGGAAAAACUUUGAGCCUGCUGAUCUUAUCUCUAAAAAAGUCAGAGAAAUCGAAAACGCUGAUCCCAAUAGGCGUUCUUCAUCUAGUGGAGACAGUAUGAACCGUAUCCCAACUGCCAGCAUUCUCACCAACAGUUCAAGCUUUACGAAACCUCCUCUACAGAAGAAGAAUUCAUCUGGGAGUGGUCUCACUGCUACCUGUCAGACCCCUAAAUAUCUCUGGAUUCGUUUGGCUCUUUUUGAAAAAGUACUUGCACGCAUAAUAGACCAUUUAGUUCAAAAUAGCAGUAAAUACUAUGAAAAAGACUCUCUAGUGGCAGAUCCAGAAUACGGGUCAAUCCUCAGCUCUCUACUGGUGGGUCCAUGCGCUCUGGACUACUCCAAAACCAAGACACAGGAUCACUUCUGGACUGACCCUCCAGCAGAUGAACUUGUCCAGCGACACAGAAUCUCCAGUGGAGUGUCCACUCAUCUGUCCUGUCCUCGUCCUGUACUUAAUUAUCGCAGGAGUCUCCAUGCUGUCAGUUCAGAGGAGGGGAGACAGACUCCGACUUGUGCCAAAGAUUACGUCGAAUCGUUACAUCAAAACAGCAAAGCAACACUGCUCUAUGGCAAGAACAACGUUCUUGUCAUACCAAAAGAUUUGACAGAGCCGAUGCCCGGUUACCUGUCACUCCAUCAGACGGCUCACUCCCUCACGAUCAAGUGGACUCCCAACCAGUUGAUGAACGGGUAUCCUGAUGCAGAAAAGCAAGAUAACAAAAAUGGAGACAGAAGAUUCAGCUUGCCUGCGAAUAAUGUUUACACACAACCUCGCAUACAUAAAGCACUCCAGUUUCGACGGUCUAGCACAAAAACUCAAAUGGUCAUGUAUUGGGAUUGUGCAAUGAAUGUACGAGUCAAUGAGAUUGUCUAUGUUCACUGUCACCAACAAGGUGACAGUGGGGGGACAAUCGUACUGGUGGGGCAAGAUGGGGUACAGAGGCCCCCUAUCCACUUUCCUGGUGGCGGACACCUACUUGCCUUCCUGUCCUGUCUGGAGAAUGGUUUGUUGCCUCACGGACAACUGGACCCUCCUCUAUGGUCACAACGUGGCAAAGGAAAGGUUUUUCCGAAGUUGAGAAGAAAAGGGCGAGGUUUACCAAACAGCUGUGAGAAUAGCAGUGAUGAGUCCACAGACUAUGUGUUCCAAAUUAUCAACAAAACCAGACAUGAGGAUUAUUUUGAUGGUGUGUUGGCAGUGAUGGGAUCCAACCAGGAGUUGCUGGACCCACGCAACUGGCUGCCUCACACACCGCGCACAGCUCCUGCUAGUCCUGCGCCGCACACACGCGCCCACCUGCUCUCCUCCUCGACCAGCUCUACCUCCAGCUCCAAGUCCUUCUGUAAUGGAGAGAUGGAUAUGGUGCCUGUAGUACUGCCCCCAGCACCCCACUCCGCCCCGCCUAUAGAUUCCUCGCACAGGAUAUCCACUGGGGAUUCCAUCCAACUUUUGUGCAACACAAUGAAGAAACAAAUCAUAUCUCGAGCAUUCUAUGGGUGGCUUGCGUACUGCCGACACUUGUCAACUGUCCGUAAACAUCUGUCUGGCUUGUUCAAUCCGAACAUUGUUGACGGAGAGGGAGCAGAGGGAGGACUCACCAGGGAGGUGUGGGAGCAGCUUGUCAACAGUGGAGAGGAAAAAGACAAAAUCCAGAUCUUCCGACUGACCUAUUAUGGGGGCGUUAAUCAUGAAAUAAGAAAAGAGGUUUGGCCUUACCUGCUGGGACACUAUCAGUUCGGGAGCACUGCGGAGGAGAGGGAGGAACUGGACAAGAGCUGCAGACAGAACUAUGAGACCACCAUGUCAGAGUGGCUGGCUGUGGAGGCAAUCGUGAGGCAGCGGGACAAGGAAAUGAUGGCAGCUAACUUGGCCAAGCUGUCGUCGGAGAGCACCAGCGGCGGAGAUGUUCCUCCACAGACACCGACCACUGGGGGACUGGACCUUAGCAAUGAUGUGUUUGUCAGCUUAAACUCAGACGAUGAAGAUGACGAAGAUGAUGAUGAAGAUGAGGAUGAUGACCAUAAUGAGGGGCUAAUCGUUGAUGACAGUAACAUUGAAGAUGCAGCUGAGAAUAAUGAUGAUAACCAGUCAAAAACUCUAAAAUAUCCAGUUGUCAAAGAUGUGCCAAAAUGUCCUCCAAACUCGUUAGAAAAGUAUUCCUCAUCAGAUAUCGAAAACAGUUCAUCUGAUCCAGUAGUAUUAAGCAGUACAUUAGGGGCCGUCGAGGAGGCAUCACAAGAUCCAUCAGGAUUACCCCAUCAUCAGAGAUCAGAGUCUCCUGAUGAAGGAAUGGGAGAUGAAGUGGAUGAGGAUCCUCACGAGAAUAACCAUGACAGAUGCCCUCCCAUGCCAGGAGGUAACAGUCAGGCUGUGGCAAUGGCAGUGAUUGUUACAACAAACCAGUCCUUGGACAGCGGAAGCCAGUCCGAGUCCAAUGUUGGCUGCCAAGGUCGCAGCGAGGCAGAUGGAACGGAAGGGGUGGCCUCAGGUGAGGUGGAUCAAGCGAAAUUGGAGGUGCUGGAAGAGUCGUUCUACCAGGGCUCUCGUUCCAACUGCGUUUCUCCAGCUAGUUCUCAGGGAGGCGUUUACUCUAAAGACUUGCUGGAGACGUUUGGUCUGAACCUGCACAGAAUAGACAAGGAUGUGCAACGCUGCGACCGUAACUACUGGUACUUCACAGUGGACAACUUGGAGAAGUUACGCAACGUCAUGUGCACGUAUGUGUGGGAGCACCUAAAGUUGGGGUACAUGCAGGGCAUGUGUGACCUGGUGGCACCUCUGCUCGUGAUAUUUGACGACGAGAGUAUCACGUACUCGUGCUUCUGUCUGCUCAUGGAGCGAAUGGGAGCCAACUUCCCGCACAAGGGCGGAGCUAUGGACACACACUUCGCAAACAUGAGGUCACUGAUACAAAUUAUGGACUCAGAGAUGUUCGAAUUGAUGCAUCAAAACGGAGACUAUACUCACUUCUACUUCUGCUAUCGUUGGUUCUUGUUAGACUUCAAAAGAGAAUUACUAUACGAGGAUGUGUUCAGUGUGUGGGAAACUAUCUGGGCUGCCAAGCACAUCUCCUCUGCCCAUUUCAUGCUGUUCAUCGCGCUUGCGCUGGUGGAAUCCUACCGUGAUAUCAUUCUCAGUAACAGCAUGGACUUCACUGACAUCAUCAAGUUUUUUAAUGAAAUGGCAGAAAGACACAAUGCCAAAUCUAUCCUGUCUCUGGCAAGAUAUUUAGUCCUUCAACUACAAAUGUUGAUCGAGAAUAAGUAAAUUAUCUUAACCCAUACAAGGUCAUUGUUUCUAGUCGAAUAUGUAUUUAUCAAAUAUUAUUUUUUAUCUAUCCUGUUGUUUAAGUGUGAAAUAAUGUUAACCAUCUCAACUGUCGUUAUCUUCAUAUAUAACAUAUAUUUUUUGUGGAAUUAUAUAAAUAUAUAUAUAUAUUUGUAUACAAAGUGAGAAAUGAAAAAAUAAUAAUGUGCGGCUGUGACUUACGUUUGUGGUUAAACCAUCUUCCUUAAUUUUACCCUUAGUAGCUCAUGUUCAUAUAUAAAUAAUGUUAUUGACUUUUA